CCGACCGUGCAGAUCCCAUCAGUUUGGUACUGUCCAUCGCCUAGCGUCCAUCGUCGUUUACCGCCAACCUAACGCAACACCUUCAGCAAUGGCCCUCAAGUCCGACCCCGUCUUCCAGCGCAUCGCCAAGCGCCUGGAGUCGAUCGACCCCAACAACCGCCAGGUGCAGCAGAUCUACAAGUUCCGCAUCCAGCAGAACGGCAAGGUCGUCAAGACCUGGGUCCUGGAUCUGAAGGCCGUCAAGCUGACGGAAGGUGACGGCGCGGCUGAGGCUACCCUCACCAUGGAGGAUGACAUCAUGUUCGCCCUCGGCACCGGUGCCAUGCCGGCGAAGGAAGCCCUCGCCCAGGACAAGCUGGACGUGGAAGGCCAGGUCGAGCUGAUCUUCCUGCUGGAACCGUUCAUUGCCUCGCUCAAGAACUAAGCGAACCUACCUGUAAACACCAGCACGCCACCUGUGCCAACUGUGGCCGAGUGGGCUUGGUUAAUUUAUUGCAACAUUCACACACGCCCCAUGGCACCACCUAAACACCUUCUCCGGCUUGCUCGGAAGCGUCAUAUGUAUAUUAUCGUUACUGUUUCUGUUUUGCGCCGGUUCCGCUGUGCAUUGGUUCCGCUUUGUACACGCCUUGUACAGACACACCAUCCAAUAUGUACCGUAUGAUCAUUAAAUGAUG